AUGAGUAGCGUGAAAUAUGGAACCCGCAAAGUUGACAGCGAGAAACACCAGCAGAUCCUGAAAGCUCUUUUGAAAGACCCAGCAAAUAAACAUUGCGCCGACUGUAAGGUAGCAUCUCACCCGAGAUGGGCAUCCUGGAACUUGGGAGUUUUCAUUUGCAUCAAGUGUUCAGGUGUUCAUAGAAGUAUGGGAACACACAUAUCCAAGGUCAAAUCAGUGGAUCUGGACGUUUGGACUGAAGAACAGCUCCGAUCAAUGUGUAAGUGGGGCAAUGCAAAGGGUAAUGCUUACUGGGAAGCAAGUCUGCCAGACAAUUAUAUCCCCAACGAGGGCAAGAUGGCUAACUUCAUUCGCACAAAGUACGAAAUGAAGAAGUGGACAGCCUCCAAAGAGCUCCCUGACCCAGCAUCCAUUUCUGUUGUCAAAAAAACAGUCGUUGAACCAUCAUCAAAACCAUCCUCUCAGACUCAAAUCAGCGCAAGCACGCAACAACCGACUCUUGUUUCCAGACCUGAGCCCAAAAAGAGCAAUUCAAGAUCAUUAUUAGACUUAGAUUUCGGCUCUAAAAGUUCUUCUUCAACUUCCAUUUUGAGCCAACCACCUCCUCAGGACAGUUCCCGGCCAGACCUGAAAAAGUCUAUCCUCUCCCUAUAUUCCACCCCAACAUCCUCUCAAACAUUCAGUCCUACGCCACCUCAUGCGUCCAAUUCCAGUCAAAGCUUUACCCAGCAACUCCAGCCAUCGCCAACUACAUCACAGCCCGUUAAUUCGAACGCUUUGGACAGUGACCUUUUCAAAAAUGUCUGGAGCUGA